AUGAAUUAUAUUUUAUCACUUAUUAAACAAAUGCCAAAAUCUUCUAAGAACAGGUUUUAUAAAUCAUUAAUCCAAAAGAAACUCUCAUCAUCUUCUCUUAUAAUUCUUUCCGAACAGAAAAAUAAUAAUAAUAAUAAUAAACAAAGUAAAGAUCUAUCGAAUAAUUCUUCUUUAAUAUUAAAAGAUAAUGAAAGUUAUUUGAUAACAUUUGACAAUUUUCAAUUUAGUCAUAUAUGUAAUCGUGAUAUACGUGAUUUGCCAUUACCAAAACGAAAUGAUAUGGAUUUUGAUCGACUUCGUUCAUGUUAUAUAUUAACAAUGACUGAUUUAAUUGGUCGUUAUCUAAUUCAUAAAACAUCUGAUGAAUUUGGACAAUUUUUAAUUGAAAAAGUACAAUGUAGUCAAUCAUUUACUGAUGAAAUUAUUCAAUUGAUAGACAUAUGGACAUUACAUAAUUUAAAAGUUGGGAGAGGAACACGAACUACAAUACUCAAACAAUAUUUAUGA